AACUUUUUGGUUCGGAAAGCCGUUGUUCUCCCGAAUCUCCCUUCUUCUUCAGCUUCGUCUUUAGUUUAAACUCUUUAUCACAUCUUCUUUUUCCUUUAUUCCCUUCGAACUUUAAUUCUCUGUAUUUAUGGCUUUUCAUAUCUCUUUAGAACCAAAAUUUUUUCUCAUCAUAAACUCUAAAAACCUCCCCAAUUUGUUGCCAAAAUUUCUUGGUUUGCAAUGGCGAAAACAUCUUCCAUUGGAAGCAAAAUGAGAAACAAACUUGCAGAUAUUACGAAUUCAAAAACAAUGAGAGCUCACCUUGAAGAUGAAAACUCUUUCAAAGCUUCGCAAACGAGGAAGAGCGUUAUCGAUCAGCUAGUGGAGGAAAAUAUGGGUCUUAUGAAACUUAUUAUGGAGAGGAAUAAAAUAAUUGAGCUGAGUGAAGCUGAGUUGGAGAAACUUAGGGCAAGCAUUCAGAAACUGCAGCUUCAGAAUUGGCAUCUUGCUCAAUCAAACAGUCGCUUUUUAGCAGAAAUCAAUUUAGGGAGAAAGAGAAUAAAAUCACUGGAGCAUGAGGUUGAAUGCAAGGAGGCUUUGCUAAGGGCAAAGUGUUUGACUGUAGAGGGUAAAUCAGAGAUGAAUAAUAGAAAUUCUGAAUGGCAGGAAGGAGAGAGGGCAACAGGGAAACCUUCACUUGCAAUUGUUAAUGCUGACACCAAAUCUUGCAAUGGAAAUAUAAAGCCUCCUGGAAGAACUAGAAGUCAAUCUAUGAGCCCUUCAACUUCAUACUCAACAGUGGUUGAUAAACAGAAAGUUGUGAACAAGAGGCAUUUUGUAAGAAGGCACUCUAGUAGAUUUAGACAUCAAGUGAGAGACCUUGAAGAGAAGUUGUUCGAAAUAGAGGACAUAAAACUUGUUGCUGGUGAAAAAGAAAAGAACUCACUAUCCUCUCCCAGAAUUGAAGAAGCUUCAGCUUUGCAAAGAACUUCAAUUGGAAGGCCAUUACGCCGAGCAGCUGAAAAAAUUAGAUCUUAUAAAGAAUCUCGUCUCAAUAUUAAAUUAAGAAGACGGGAAUGAGAAACACCAACAACCUUAGCAUAGGUCCAACUCAAGGAAGCUCGAGUUCCCCUCAACUUUAUGCUUGUUAUAUUAAUAUAUACAUAAAAAACUAACAUUACAUCAUUGACUAAGUGGAAAAUUAGUGUUCCAGCCAGCCCCUUUAAAUCAGAUUAUAUAUGAUAUACUCUGUUUAAGCUUUGCAGUUAAA